AUGGCAGAAGCAACUUCAUUGAUUUUGCAAGAUUCUAGAGAAGAUUCAGUAUCUAAUUGUCAAAAACUUUGCAAAAUAGGGAGUGAAGAUAUGAUCAGUAGAUUGCCUGAUGACAUUCUUUGUCACAUCCUCUCGUUUCUCCCAACAAAAUAUGUUAUGGGUACCAGCAUUUUGUCGAAAAGGUGGAUAUACCUCUGGACCAAAGUUUCCAAUUUAGAUUUUGAUGAUACAUUAUUAUAUGAUCGUGAGAAACCUCGUGCAACUGGAGAAAGAAAUGCGGUCUUUGCGAAUUUUAUUAAUAGGUUUUUUAUUCAUUACAAUGUCCAAUCGUUUGUAAAAUUUAAGCUCAAAUUAACUGAAAAGCAUCAUUCUUCCCAUUUAAGUGCAUGGAUUUCUGCUGCAAUUAUGAGUAAUGUUGAGGAGCUUAGUCUUUGCAUACGGUUUGGUCCAGCAUGGUUGCCUGAGAGCCUUUUUAGUUGUGAGAAAUUAUUGGCAUUGAAGCUCCAUGGUGAAAUUGAGUUUAAUAAUCUCGAAUCUGUAUGGUUUCCAAAUCUCAAGGUCCUGCAUCUUAAAUGUCUCCCGAUGCUGGAUAAUACUUGCAUAGCAAUGCUAUUAUCAGGUUCCCCAGUCCUUGAAGAACUGAAAAUUUAUUUGAUUGGACAUGGUUGUAAUCAAUCUGUACAUGUAAGCUCAUCAUCACUGAAACGUUUGAUUAUGCAAUUCCCUAGUGCUGAUUCUCCUUAUGAUGAUAAGGAUUAUAGACGAGUUACUGUUGAUACCCCAAGCCUCGAAUUUCUUAAACUCCAUGAUUAUGCAUCUGAGGAGGUUAACAUGCUGCAGGCAUGCUCGCUAAUACAGGCAGAUAUCUCUGUUGGUUAUCUAAUAGGUAGUUUCACCAUAGAAUUUGAUGAUUACGUAGGUAUGGUGGUUCAGUUUUUGAGACAGAUCUCUGUUGUUAAGGCUUUAAUCCUAUCUGAGGAUCCUAUCCAGUCUGAGAAUGCUUACGGCUGGGACUGGUGUGCCCCAGAAUCUGUGCCGAAAUGCUUGUUGUCAUGCCUUGAGGUGAUUGAAUUUAAAGACUUUAUAGGGGAGGUUCCAGAGAUGGAAAUGGUGGAAUAUUUCUUGAAGAAUGCAAUGGUCUUGAAGAAGAUGAUUGUCUCAUCUGACGUUGUUGGUUUAGAAGAAGAGGUUGUCAAGAAGUUGCAAUUUUUUCCAAGGGGCUCAAGUGCAUGCCAACUUGCAUUUUCUUGA